AUGGGCCCAGACAUCGACGGGGACAAGAUGAACGGGAAUCACAAAGAUCGUAUUCUGGUGACUGGUGGCGCAGGUUUCAUCGGGUCAUGUCUUGUUGCAAAACUACUUCGUGAAGGCCACGAAGUGGUUGCGCUGGACAACUUUUCGACGAGCCCAUUGAACACCUUGCGAAAUGUGAUUUCCAAUUCGAAUUUCACACUCGUACAGUGGAGUCUCACCCCCAGCUCUCACGCAUUUUGUAUCUUUGCUGACACUCUCACAUUUAGAGCCAAUAUAGCAGACCCAAUACCUGGGGACAUUGAGCCAUGUAGCCGCAUAUACCAUCUUGCAUGCCCUGCGAGCCCAAAGUACUUCUCGACAGAUCCGUUGACGAUCCUGGAUACAUGCUAUUUUGGCACACGGAAUGUUCUUGAGAAGGCCCGGCAAUGGAACGCGAGACUUCUCCUGGCCAGCACAUCUGAAGUUUAUGGACAGCCCGAGCGGAAUAUUCAGGCCGAGACCUACUUCGGCAACGUCAAUUGCUUCGGUCCGCGCUCAUGUUACGACGAGGGUAAACGCGUCGCCGAGGCACUUGCGUUCGCAUAUCGUGUUCAGCAUCCAGACUCGCCGGAAAUCCGAAUCGCUCGGAUCUUCAACGCUUAUGGUCCCGGCAUGCAUGCUUCAGACGGCCGAGUUGUCACCAACUUCAUCGGAGCAGCAUUGCGAGGCGAGGAUCUUGUGAUCACAGGCGAUGGAAAAUCCACGCGCUGCUUCCAGUACGUGGACGACUGUGUUGCCGGUCUGACUAGUCUGAUGGAGAGCUCUUGGCAACAUGGUCCUGUGAAUAUUGGAUGCGAAAAGGAGACCACUAUUCAGGAGCUUGCGGACCUGGUUGUCAAGACUGUGUCAGAAAUCACAGGUGGUCCUCAGGUUGGCGUUGUCUAUGGCGAUCCAUUACCUGAUGAUCCUCUGCAGAGAAGACCUGAUUGCACGUUGGCGAAGAAAGUGUUAGAUAUGUACCAUGUACAACAGACAGAAGAAACUCUCCCACCUAUCUCCGCUCAAGAAAAGAAACGAAGAAAGCGUGCAGAUGCCAUCUGGAGGCCUUUGACCUUGUCGAUAUGGGCACUACAAUCGUAUCUGAUUUACCUACUGGUCCAGGGUAUACGAUCGACGAAGCCAAGUGAUCAACAGCCGUGGACUCCGAUCUUCUUCAUAUGCUGGCAGAUUACGCAGCUCGCAACAUCAAUACUAGGCGAGUCAUACCGUUUCCUACUAUGGUCCGGAGUCACUCUCAGGCGGAAGACCCGGCUGGUCGGUGCCCAUGCUCCAUUGGUGGACAUCAUAGUCGUCAGCUGUGGCGAAGAACGAAGCGUUAUCCUUGACACCUUGCGAUCAGCGUGUGCACAGGACUAUCCAAACUUCCGUGUGCUUCUAGGAGACGAUGGAAACGACGACGAGCUGGAAGAAGAAAUUCAACAGCUGCGUGAGAUCUCGCCUUGCGAGUUACUCUACUACCGCAGACCUGGAAAGAGUGGAUGCAAACGAGGAUACAAAGCUGGAAAUAUGAAUGCUGCUUUGGCGUAUCUGGACACUUUGAGUAGCGAACGCACCGAGUUCUGUGCAUUCUUGGACUGUGACAUGAUUGUGGAACCCGACUUUUUACGAGCCACGAUGGGACAUCUUGUACAGAAUCCAAAGGCUGGCGUUGUUGUCGUGCCUCAAAGCUUCUACAACCUCCCAUUGAAUGAUCCUCUAUACUCGUCCAUGUACAUCCAUAACUGGCAGGAUCAAGUCGAGCGUGACACACUUGGUGCAGUUUGGGAGACUGGGCCUGGGGUUGUCUUUCGACGAAAAGCAAUCGAAGGCAUGGGUGGGUUUGACGAAUGGGUACUUAUGGAAGACAUAAUUGCUGGCAUGCUGUUGAACGGCCUUGGCUGGGAGACAGUCUUAUGCUAUGAGCAACUGCAAUGGGGUAUGGUCCCUGACACUUUUGCAGGAUAUAUCGCGCAACGACGGAAAUGGUGCGUUGGAACAGUUCGAGGCGCCAUGAUAGCAAAAUUCGGAUUCCAUCCGCAGAAGAUGAGCAAACUCACUUGGCGUCAACGUAUGGUACAGUUCUGGUAUUGCAUAUCGCCAUACGUUUCAGCCACGCAAAGGACUAUUUUACCACUGGCAUUCCUGCUCCUGGUGGCCACAAAGCAACCUCUGGUUGUUCCAAUCAACUUGCGACUGUUGCGUCGAAUGACUGUCAUGAUCGGUGUAGCAUACCGUAUUCAAUUCAUGGUAUCUGGCUGGCUUUGCAGUUAUCACAUGGUCCGAAGGAAGAUGGAGGCGGCAACAUGGCUUAGUCCAUACCUCUUCUUGGUGAUCGUGAAGGAGCUACUUCCACACUGGCUGGCCGGAGUGCCAAUAAGAUUCACGCCUACGCAGUUACUGGAAUCGAAUCUGCUCGAACGAGAUGCAAAGCUUCGAGCACCUCUUUGGCAUAGAAUCGUGGUGACUAUCGUGUACCAAGGUCUCUGGUACCAUCUCCUCAUCGCUACAAUAGCUGUCAGCAUGUUCUACGACGGUUACGCCGCCGCCAAGUCACAGAAGACUGCUGACGGGGUAUGUCAUCACCUCUGGUCUCACAUUCUUGCUCCGGGUGGAGAUUGGCUCGUCUACGGAGAUCUCCUAGCACCACUAUUUUAUAUAAUAUGGCCUCCGACUAUGCCAGCACGGCGUGACAUGCUGGAGAAGUCAAGUUGUGGCAAGAUGGAGACUUGGUAUCCAAAGCUUUACUACAGGCAGGAGAACUGGGAGUGGUACGGAACUUUCGUCAAAGAAAUCAUUAUGGGUGUAGCUUAUGCGUUCUACCUUUUGGUCGAUAGGGAAUACUGUACAUAG